ACAAAUUUUUCUCAACAUCUCAAGAAAUUAAGCAAAACUUAUUAAGAUUGCAAUCUUUUGAUGCAGAACUUCCGUUUCAUGUCAAUUACGCAAAAAUUGGUUAUAUGAUUGGCCAUGAAAUUAUGCAUAGUUGUUUUAUUGAACAAUAUCGAAAAUACAGUGAACAUUCAUAUCAUCUCUGGCAAAAUGAUUCAAAAUUAAAUGAAGAUAUUGCUGAUAAUGGUGGUUUACGUCUCGCAUAUGUGGCAUAUCUAGAUGGAUAGAAACGUAUUCAAAAUUUGUUAAAGUAUCCACAAUUAUUAGUUGAUAAAACGAUCACUGUUGAACAAUUUCGAUCAGAAUAA